UUUAGUCGAGCACCGAUAGAAUGGUAGCCUGCAAACGACCUUUAGUUUAGCUAGUUAACAUUAAUUUAGUACCUACUAACUCCAUGCAAUUGUGCCUGCAGUGGCUGUGGCACACCAUUGGAUGACAAAUAACUAAAGGAUAGAGGAUGAUUAGAUUUGCAUCUGGAAGACGCAUCAUUUCUGGGGUUCCAGUAUGGAGAUGUCUUCAGCAGACAACCAGAGCACCAAACAUGACAACAAAAGCUCAGCAGCCGUUUCACUCCAGAGCCUCCUCGGGGUCAAUGCCACCCAGACUAACUCCCACCAACGGGUUGUUGAGCAUCAGGCCUGUGAGCUGGCCGGUCUCACGUCUAUGCCACAGGGAUUCACAAGGCACCUCGGAGAAAGGCGACCGCAAAGAGGGUUUCAGUUUGAGGGCCCUCGCCCAGGCUCCCAAACCAGCUCUUUACCUCGGUCUCUCGGGGCUCAUCCCUUUCCUGUCUGUCCCUCUCCUGAUGGCUGCCACACACUCCUUCUACCCUGAACUGGCAUAUGCUCAAGUUGUCUAUGGAGCCUCUAUAGUCUCCUUCCUGGGAGGUGCCCGCUGGGGGUUUGCCCUCCCUGCUGGUAGUCCUGCUCAGCCUGACUGGAUGAACUUGGGCAACAGUGUGGUGCCUUCCAUUCUGGCCUGGCUGGCACUGCUCUGCAGGGACAACAUUGCAGAGGGAGCCCUGGUAGUUAUUAUGGGACUGGGUCUCUCUCUGCACUAUGACCUGACCCUGCUGCCAGGCUACCCUUCCUGGUUCAAAGCCAUGCGGACUAUUCUCACUCUGGUCGCCACCUUCUCACUGGUGGCUACACUGACAAUUAAAAACUUCUGCACUGAGAAGAAGAUCAAAGAGAUUCAGAACUAAUUUAAGAGGACAGUUUGUAUUUUGAGCCAUUUGGACUCAAUAGAAAUAUGAAAUUAGAUGCAGAUGUGCAGACAGUCAGGUGGGUUCAUACAGUACACCAAAGCACAGUAGUCAUUUUGUUACCUAUAAUACAUUUAAUAUCUAAAUGUGACAUGUAUAGCUGUAGCGUAUCAUUUAGAAAAUGAUUAAGAACAGUUGCAAAAUAGGCACAGAAAUUUCCAGCGAGUUUAAAAAAUAAAAAUGUCAAACAAGAGAGACUUUGAAAUUAAUAAAACAUUUAUCAGAAAACAUUUGUAAAAUCAUUCUUUGCUGUGAAAACACCAGACACAAAGUACCCUUAUUGAAAUGUGUUUGAUUAUGGCAAUUUAUAAUGAGCAAAUUGGGGACAAUAAACAUUGGACUAUUUGCAUACCUUUCUUUUCCAACUCCAAACCGAUAAGUCAGUAUAGUUCUGUUAUUAAUGUUAACGGUUCAAAAACACCCUCACCGAUCUCUUUCACUUUACAAUAUACGACUCAGACACCAGAAUUUAAAUUAGUCACAUAAAGGAGAUACAUUUUCACACAUCACAACCUUUAAGGUCAAAAUAUAUCUCGCUGAGUUUUACUGGAGAUUGACGUUCAACGUAAAUGUUCCGUGUAAAUCACGAGUGCUGAGUUUAGUGGCAGAGCUGGAGGUAAGCGGUCCAAUAUUUUCUUGUUUGUGCAGAAAAUCUCUUGCAAACGUAUAGUCGACUCAGAUGUGUUUGACUUGUAUGUGCAAAAUCAAUGUGAUAUUACAGCUUUAAGUUUUUAAAAUUUAAACUAUCCUAAAUAAGGAGAGAGGUAACGUAGGUGAAGUUUAAACCCAGCAAGAACAUUAUUCUUUUAUCGAGUUUGAAAAGCAAUCAAUAAAAGCUAUUACUAUGGAUUGGAAGUACUGUUACUGUGCAACAACUUCAGUCAGCUUGCAAAUGUGAUGAACUCCCAACACCCAAAGAGGAAACAUGAUGAGAUAACUUACCAUAAGAAAGGUACAAAUAUUUCUACAUACCGGUUUGGACAUUGUCUUAUAAUGAUGUUGCUUAUCUCAACAUCAGAAAGUUGAAAUCUAAAUUUUAGUAAUGUCAGGAGUGAAAUGACCAAACACCCUUGAGUGUAAAUAGUGAUUAAGAGGAGGCACUAUUAUAUACAGUAUCAUAUAUAUACAAAAAUAACCCAGUGGAAUAACUGCUCUGGUGUGCUGUUCAAGUUUAUAAUUGUUUACAGGAACCACUUCCCCUGGAGCUUUGGUUCCAUUAUUCAGUCGGCUCAAGUAGCAACGCACUCAUCACCUCAAACGUUUCUUGAAGAAAAAAUAAAGAGAAAAAUCAACAAAACAAACAGUGCUUUCACAUGUUAUCCAAGAACUGUUCCCAAAGGAGCAGAACUCCAUCUAAAAUAGAACUCCUCUGCUAUGAAAAAUAUCCUUAUCGCAACGAUCGCUUUGUCUUCAAAUACAAGUUUGUUUCCACUGAUAUUCCUGUAAAAGUAUUUAGUGGAUUGAAAAUAGAGACCCAGACGAGUCAUUUUAUCGGUGGAAGUAGUUUUGGCAGUUUUUCCAGUUUCAGAUCUGCUGUCAUAUGUUCAAUGAAUGUCAAACGUUCUGGAGAAAUA